AUGAAUUAUGAAUUCAGUGUCAAGCUGGAAGAAACACUUAUCCCAGGCAAGCACACAAUCAAUGUUAUUGUUGUUGAUAAUGAUAAUGAGAAGUCUUCACCAUUCCCAGUCGCAAUUAAUGUCAUUCCACUCCCAACAAGUACUCCACUCCCAACAAAUGCACCAGAAAAUAACGACAACAACAACAAUGCUAACCAAGGUGGCUCUAGUGCAAGCGGAAACUCCAAGAGAACAGGAUUAAUUGUUGGUAUUGUCAUUGCUUUAUUAGUAUUAAUUGCUCUCCUUGCUGUCCUUGCAUUCAUACUCUUAAGGAAGAAGAGUGCAAAUGCUCAGGCACAAGACUCAGAAAGCACCGAAAAUAACGACGACAUUGAACAACAGGAAACACAGAUCUCACAGACAAUUACAUCAGAAGAGUUCGCAACACGUGAUAACCCAUUGUUCGAAUCCCAACAAAUCGCUCGCGAUCAAGACCUCUUCGAUAACGAGUUUGAAGAGGCUUCUCUUUAA